AUGAAAUUAGGGGAUUCCCACUGCGGACUAUCCCCCCCCCCCCCCCCCCCCCCCCCCCCCCCCCCCCCCCUUUCGGCAGUGUCUUUCUUUAGGAAGAUUUACUCUGAUGUGUUUGAAGCUGGAGGUUUGGUUAUAAAUGGUAAAAAUACCUUAUUCAAUCAUUCUUGUUUGUCCAUCUACUUAGAUGUUGCUGACGCUAAUGAUUUGCCUUCCGGGUGGAGCAGAUAUUCACCCUUCAGCCUGGCUGUAGUGAAUCAAUCCAACACCAACUAUUCCAUCACAAGAGAGACCACGCAAGAUUUCAGUGUAAAAUCAAAAGAUUGGGGGUUUGAAUCAUUCAUGAAUCUCAGCGACCUCCAUGAUCACACUCUUGGAUAUUUACUGGAUGAUACUAUUCUGGUUGAAGCUGAACUUUGGAAGGUGAGGCAAACGGAAGAGGAGGCUCUCUUUAAUACACUUAAAUUAAUUUUGCAGGUGGAGACAAAGACUCCCGGUGAGUGUUAUGCAUCUUGUGGUGGAUGUACGUGGGGAGAGAGAUUGAGACAUUUGAGACUUAUUUGUUCUGUUUUUCAAGAAAAAACUAAAGUGUAAUGCAAAAUAAUAACUAAAAACUAAAAAUUCAAUUCAAAAAAUCAAAUAUAAAAACCAUGAAAAGUUGAAAACAAUCAA